CAGAUAAGCUCACCAAGUUACGGCUUUUUGUUCUCACCUCCCAGACAAUUUCAUGGCCACAACUUCUCACUUCACCUUUUCUUUCAUCCUCCCUCGCCUUUCUCCUCCUCGUCAUGAUCACCCCCACCACCUUAACAAGUUAUUGUCAAUUCAAGCUCAAAGUCGACUUUCCCUGAGAACAACAGCCACGAGAGCUCUGGGUAGUGAUUCUUUGGGCGAUUUUGGAGCCAGAGACCCGUUUCCCGCAGAAUUAGAAAGCGGGUUUGCUGAUAAAGUUUUGGGAAAUGUUGACACUGAGCACAAGAUACUUAUUCCAAAUGCUUCUGCUCUUUCUCUUGCUCAACAAGACUGCUCUCCCGUGUCUCCUCUGCAGAAACCUAUGUCCGUAGAUGAUGCACAGAAGUUGUUGAAAAAGGUUAUUGGCUGGAGACUUUUGGAGGAAGAAGGUGGACUUAAACUUCAAUGCUUGUGGAAGUUGAGAGAUUUUAAAUGUGGGGUUGAACUUGUGAAUAGAAUAUACAAGGUUGUAGAAGCUACCGGCCAUUUCCCAAAUCUCCACUUGGAGCAGCCCAAUGAAGUUAGAGCUGAAUUAUGGACUUCUUCCAUUGGAGGCUUGAGCAUGAAUGAUUUCAUUGUAGCUGCCAAAAUAGAUGAAAUUAAAACAUCAGAUUUGGUUCCACGUAAAAGAAUUUGGGCAUAGGUAGACCAUAUUUUCUCUUCCAAGAAGAAACGCAUGUCUGUCUGCCCUUGAGCCCUCUUUCGGCAAUGACUACAAAGACUCAUGUGCUACAAUUUUUAUGAGAACAAUGUUUUUCAACCCAUUUUUACUCUUUAAAUGGAUGAAUUUAUUUAUUUUAUA